AUGCAAUAUGGAAGCCGAGACCGAGUCAGUUCGUCCAUGAAUGGAGCUGAAAUCACCGACGCAGUUAAAGAUUCGGUGACGGUAGUCCAGAACAAUCUUCGCACCAAGGAAUGUAUUACCACCUUAGGUGCCAACACCGAGGGAAAGGACACGGACACGAGAACCGAUCCUGGCACGCAGCAAACAACCACUGUAUCGCCAACACCACCACCACCAUCAGCGUCGCCAUCCCAGCCGCCAUCACCUGAGCUUGACGGCGACGACGGCGUCAACCGCAUCGACAUCACAGCCCCAUCGCCGCCAGACGACAAGGAAAGGCAACGAAAAAGCACGCGAGAUUCAGUGGCUGAACGAGCUACCAAGAUCCACUCACAGUUGACAGAAGAUGAAAAAUUAAACAACGAUACUAUACAUAUUGUCAGUGAAGCCUUCAAGCCCAAAAGGUGGUUAUUUUGGCGCUCUGGGUGUUUUCGAGGGAACUUGUCUAGGCUUAGCAGUGAUACCAACAGGCGAUCCCCAUCGCAGCUCGCAAUCUAA